AUGACUUUUUGUGAAUUUUUUCCUACGGAAUAUAAUCGUAAUUAUAGAAAGAAGAAGUUAAAACCAGCUGAAAUAAUAUAUCAAAGAGAUUAUUUUUCGGAACGCAUUGAAGAAGGAGAAAUCGAUCCUCAUACAGCAUCAAUUCCUACACAAUUAGACGAGGCAGCUGAACAAUUGGUUUAUAAACAUAUUCUUGAUAACCUACAAUCUGUUUAUCAAGUCACCUACACACAUCCUUGGAUUUCGCGUGAUGAUAAAAGAGUUGGGAAAGAAGAAGUUAAAGAAAAAGAUUUGCAAAACGAAUUAGUAACAUAUAUCCAUGAUGUAUACCUUGAUCCUCAUGAAGAGAAAGUUCUUGCUCCUCCAGUAACGGCAAAAAGAAGUAUAUUAGCUGCAAUUUGUUUUCACCUACACUGGUUGAAAGGAAAAGAAAGAUUAGAAAGAUGGUACAGUAAAACUAUAUUAAGAAAAUUGAAUAUUAUUGGCUUUUUAAGUGCAGUGGCAGGAAUUACUGCGCUAAUUUGGUACCUCUUUGUCACAUUAUAUUAUAAAAUUCCCAUUACACCUUUUGAGACUAGUACAGCAAUAUCAGCAGUUUGGGGUACAGUUUGCGGACAAUGGGGUAUUUUCUUAAUGUAUUAUGCUCAUAAGUAUGAGUUAAUUAUCGAAGAAAACUCUGAACCCAUAUUAACAGAAAGUAAUGCAUAAGAUAUUUUUAUACAAGAGAAUAUAUUAGCUUCUAUAAGUAGA